GGAAUCAGGUUGAUAGUGAAUCAUCUGAGAAAUGGCCACACGCCUCAGAUCCGCUGGUAAGAAAUGUACGGUGAUCGGUGGGUCAGGAUUCUUAGGCCAGCACAUGGUGGAGCAGCUCCUGGAGAAGGGUUACGCGGUCAAUGUGUUUGAUAUUCAGAAGAGAUUUGACAAUGACAGAGUGCGGUUCUUCCUGGGAGACCUUUGUGACAAGGAGGCUUUGCUCCCAGCUUUACAAGGUGUGUCAGUGGCGUUUCAUUGUGCAUCCCCAGCACCUUCAAGUGACAACAGGGAACUGUUUUAUAAGGUGAAUUUUAUGGGAACCAAAGCAGUCAUUGAAGCCUGCAAAGAAGCUGGAGUGCAGAAACUGGUGUUAACUAGCAGUGCCAGUGUAGUUUUUGAGGGCACAGACAUAAAAAAUGGAUCAGAAGACCUCCCUUAUGCAAAAAAACCCAUCGACUAUUACACAGAGACGAAGAUCCUACAGGAGAAGGAAGUGCUCAGUGCGAAUGACCCAGGCAACAAUUUCUUCACUACUGCUAUUCGUCCCCAUGGAAUAUUUGGUCCUAGAGACCCUCAGCUGGUUCCCAUCCUCAUCCAAGCAGCUAAGAGUGGCAAAAUGAAGUUCAUAAUUGGGGAUGGAAAGAACUUGGUAGAUUUCACCUAUGUGGAAAACGUGGUCCAUGGACACAUCCUAGCUGCAGAAAAUCUUCAGAAAGACUCUCCCCUGUGUGGGAAGGCAUUUCAUAUCACAAAUGAUGAACCAGUUCCUUUCUGGGCUUUCAUGUCCCGUAUCUUGACUGGCUUGAACUACGAUCCUCCCAAGUACCAUAUUCCCUAUUGGCUGGCAUAUUACCUGGCCCUGUUCCUGUCUCUAGUGCUGUGGCUGCUGAGUCCACUGGUCACCAUCAAGCCCACUUUUACCCCUAUGCGGGUAGCAUUAGCUGGAACGUUUCACUACUAUAGCUGUGAACGGGCCAAGAGAGACAUGGGCUACAAACCAGUGGUGAGCUUGGAUGAAGCAAUAGACAGGACUCUGCAGAGCUACCCCCACCUGCGCCAGGCUAAGGCCUGAGAAGUCCUAAAUGGAUUUUUUUCUACUUGAUUUUUGUAAUUGCUUUGACAUCUUAACAGGAACACUGAAGCAAAUUUCACUAAUUCUCUGGAACAGGGAGUUUUCCCGAAGUCCCCCCUCCUCCUCACCAUUAUCAAGACCGCUUUAUCUGGAUUGAAAAAAAUACUCAUG